AUGGAUGGUUUCUUAUCAUCAUUAUUUGAAUGUGACACAGCAGGAGGUUUAGUUUGCAAACAACAAUUGAAAAAUGAUUUAAUUACUUAUGUGAUCAAUAUUUCUCAUAUACAUAUUAACAAUAUUUGUCAACUAGUUAUUGAAUGUCAAUCCAGUUUAUUAUUGAAACAUUUUCGAAAAUCAAUCAAUGAUCAAGAUGAAAUAAACAGUUAUGAUACGAGUCGAGGAUUUCUUAUUUUUCAAUGGUCGAUAGAUCAUUUAAAGAAAUUACUAUCUCCAUCAAGAUCAUUAUUAUUAUGUGUUAUUGAUAAUAAUAAAAAUAAAUUUGCUGGUUAUCAAUUAUUACUAUCUCUGACUGGUCUUUUUCAAUAUAUGGAUUCUACAUAUGGUCAAAUUGAACUUGAUCCGAGUGUUAUAACACCUGAACAAUGGAAUGAAUUUAUCUCAUCUCCUCAUUUUCAUUAUUUAGCACAAACAGGUAUAUCGCUUGAAUACCAAGGUCUAGGUAUUGCAAGUAGUUUAAUCACACUUGCUAAAAGUCAUAGUAUUGAUGGCUUAUGUACGAAUAUCACUUAUUGGCCUUACAACAAUAUUGCAUCUGAAGAAUGUAAAAGGAAAAAUGGAUUUAAAUGUAUUGGUAUUUGGCAUCAAACUAUCUGUGAACAUUUUGUACCAUUCAAAGCUAAAAUAUUUAUUUGGCGACCGAUCAAGUCUGACCUAAGUUGA